CCAAAAUGUCAUUCUUCUGCGCAAUAUCGGGAGAACCACCACAGAACCCGGUUAUAUCACCGAAGUCAGGGCUUGUCUACGAGCGCAGACUUAUCGUUGCUCAGCUCAACCAGCACGGUACAGAGCCCAACGGAGAGGCACUAAAUGAGGAUGACUUAAUUCCUGUCAAAGCGAGUCCGAAUGCUGCGCCGCCUCGCCCACCUGCACUUACCUCCGUACCUGCCCUUCUUCACACCCUCCAAUCAGAAUGGGAUUCCCUGAUGCUCGAGACCGCUUCCCUCCGGCAACAAUACAUCGCCACGCGUCAAGAACUUGCCCAUGCACUCUACCAGUCCGACGCAGCGACGCGAGUGGUGGCACGCUUGGUGAGAGAGAGGGACGAGGCGCGGGAGGCGUUGGCAAACGUUCGUGCCGCCACCGGUAUGGCAGUUCCCGCUCCUGCUGAAGCAGCAGAAGACGUGGAGAUGUCUGCCACCGCGGAGCCGGAAGCGCUACCUGAGGACAUACAGCAAGUUAUCGACAGCACGCACGCGACGCUCAGCGCCUCGCGGAAAAAGCGUAAGACGCCUGCCGUGCCCUCCCCAGCGAGGUUUGCCCCAGCGCCCUCCAGCGCCUUCCCAGCCCAGGGAGGCAACAGCACCGCGUUCACACUCGCACCGGGUAUCUCCUCCACAGCCUACCUUACAGGCUCCGAGGAUGGAGCCGUACGUGUCUGGGACAACGGCGAAGUGCUGGCCUCGCUUUCAGGGCACACAACCCGUAUCACCGCUCUAGCAUCUGCGACCCGUGCAGAGGGCCCAGCGUACAUCGUCUCCGGUUCAGCAGACGGGUCCAUCCGUCUCUGGUCUGCCUCAGCUCCUUUCGCACAACAAGCCUGGUCCCAGAUCCACGGGGGUGCAAUCACCGGCCUUGCCCUGCAUCCCUCUGGCGAGCUACUCCUCUCCUCCUCGGCAGACGGCGCCUUCUCCCUCCUCCGCCUUCCCUCCCUGGACCAAGUCUUCCUCACCCGACCCAACCCCUCCGGCGAAGGCUUCUCCUCCCUCGCCCUGCACCCUGACGGCGUACUCCUCGCUCUCGGGUUAUCGAGCACAGCCAAGAUCCAGAUAUACGAUCUUCGCACGCGGGCUCUCGCUGCCGAGUUCGUACUCCCAGAGGGGGGGAGUGUGCCCUCACUCAGCUUUUCGGAAAACGGCUAUUCCCUCGCUUCCUGCGCAAAGGGGGUGCAGGAAAUCGUCGUCUGGGACCUGCGGAAGCUCGCGAUCCAGAAACAGCUGCCUGCUUCCGGUCCGGUCCGGUCAGUGGCCUACGACGUGGAAGGCGCAUUCCUAGGCGCGGUAGAAGAAGAAGGAACAGUAGAAGCCUGGGCACAUAAGGGCUGGGUUAAGAUCUGGCAGGGCCAGGCUACUGGGGAAACGAUCAAGUGGGCCAAGGAUAGUGUAUGGGUUUCCGGAGAGGAGGGGGUAAGUACUUGGCAGCCUGAGGAGUCAUUUGUAGUUGUUUAAAAGCCGAACUGUCGGCGUGAGCUUGUGCAUAUGUAUGAAGAUAUCAAGUGUUAG